AUGAAAAUCACAAGGCUUGGAUGCCUCUGCAUCACGUCAAUGGUCUUACCAGCUACUUGGGGCCUUACGCUGUUGCCUACUCUGUAUGCGAGACGAGGUAUUUCCAUGAGCCAGAUGGACAUGAUCUCCGGCAUCUCUUUGAGCGAUCAGGAGACUAAGACUGAGAUGCUUCCUCAUACCACCACCUUGCUUCAUUUUGCUGCCUUUACUAUGGGUCCCGUCCAUACAGUUUAUGCACAUACCAUUACUGAGACUCUUUACAUUGAAUGCCAUGGUCACAGCCAGCUGGUUACGAAGAAUAUUGGCGGGCCUGGUCCUGUAGUCUUUCAGACUACCACUGUCACUGAUGCCGGGUCUACGACAACUACCAUGCUCCAAUGUGGGACGCCGGAUUCGAAAAUUUCGGAAUUGGUACCGUCAGCGAAUCUGGUGUAA